AUAGGUGUGCUACGUGACAGCAAAUUCAGAGUCCUCUGAAAACUCUACCUCAGCAUCUCCUUUCUUCCUCAUCAAAAGGUGUAUCAAGCAAUUUAUCAAAUAAUUUAAAUCCUCUAACUUUUUUUUUUUUUAAUUAUUCAAACUUAUGGUACAGUGAAGUGUUAAGUACUGAGGAUUAUAAAGGUACGCAUAAGACCCCUAAUAAGAGGCAAGUUUUAUACACAACGGACGUAGGAGAAAAGUGACAGUAUACCUGAUGGUGUGCCUUGAGGAAGCCUAAGUCAGUCGCUGUUCAGACGGCGACUGGGAAGCACAAGUUUCAUUUCAUCCCAUCGUAAUUAUUUAUUUAAUUAUCUAAAUUCGUUGUUCAUACAAGAUGAAAUUUUUCGUAACGUUGUGCUUCAUCAUCGGGGUGGUGAACGUGUGCAGUGGAACACGAGUACAAUCCAGUACCAAAAGAAAGAAGGAAGCAUUACCAGCCUCGGAUCAGACCCCAGCCUCAUCAUUUUGGAGUCCAUCAAUAAAAACUGGGAAUGUGUUUAAUCAAGACGAUUCAUCGAGUUUCUUCUCAUCGGCUCAUAGUCUCGUGCAGACUCAUCCAGCGGGUGGUACAUUUCAGAGUGGUUUCGGGGGUAUAGAUAAUCUUGGUAGUCUAGGUGUGACAGUUAGACCACCGAGAACACGACCACUGGAUUAUAGUGAACGUGCCACUGCCGAACUCAGAAGAAAUACAGCUCUAUCAGCCCCUGAUGAAUGUGCCAGGGCAUGCAGAGAGGGUGAACCCCCACGAAUAUGUUAUUACCAUUUUACACUCGAAUAUUACACAGUCCUGGGCGCGGCUUGUCAGGUGUGCACUCCAAACACAACUAAUACGGUGUGGAGUAAUUGUCAGUGUGUCCUAGCUGAUGGUGUCGAACGUGGAAUUUUAACGGCUAAUCGAAUGAUCCCUGGACCCAGUAUACAGGUGUGCGAGGGUGACAAGGUUGUGAUUGAUGUUGAAAAUCAUAUGUCGGGAAUGGAGGUGACCCUUCAUUGGCACGGAAUUUGGCAGAGGGGAUCGCAAUAUUAUGAUGGAGUACCUUACGUCACUCAGUGUCCUAUUCAAGAAGGCAAUACUUUCAGGUAUCAGUGGACAGCUUCGAAUGCAGGCACACACUUUUGGCAUGCUCACACCGGACUCCAAAAAAUGGACGGAUUGUACGGUAGCAUUGUCAUACGACAGCCACCGAAUAAAGAUCCUAAUAGUAAUCUUUAUGAUUACGAUCUUACCACUCACGUUGUUCUGAUCAGUGAUUGGAUGCAUGAAGAUGCUGCUGAGAGGUAUCCAGGGCGACUCGCUGUCAACACCGGACAAGAUCCAGAAACUGUUCUCAUUAAUGGAAAGGGUCAAUUCCGCGAUCCCAAUACUGGAUUCAUGACCAACACCCCGUUGGAGGUAUUUACAAUAACUCCAGGGCGUCGCUACCGUUUCCGCUUGAUAAAUUCCUUCGGCUCAGUUUGUCCAGCGCAAAUAACAUUUCAAGGCCACACACUGAAUCUCAUCGCUACAGAUGGUGAGCCCGUACAACCAGUAGCUGUUGAUACCAUUAUCUCAUUCUCCGGUGAACGCUAUGAUUUUGUAAUAAAUGCUGAUCAACCGGCGGGUGCAUACUGGAUUCAGCUUCGAGGUCUUGGUGAAUGCGGUAUCAAGAGAGCCCAACAACUUGCCAUUCUUAGAUAUGCCCGAGGCCCUUAUCAACCCGCCUCACAACCACCAACAUAUGAUCUUGGUUUACCCCAAGGUGUUGUACUUAAUCCACUGGAUGCCAUUUGUAACAUGCCACGAGAAGACGCUGUCUGUAUAAAUCAAUUGAAGAAUGCUAGACAUAUUGAUGAGGGAAUUCUUCAAGCCCGACCAGACGUUAAGAUAUUUCUGCCAUUUAGGUUUCUCUUUUAUCGGCCUGAAGAAGUUUUUCAGCCAAAUACGUACAACCGGUUCUUGGUUGCGCCAACGGGUGAUCAUGUUAUAUCCCUCGUUGAUGAGAUUUCGUUCACGUUCCCACCGGCUCCACCGCUCUCGCAAGUUGAUGACAUACCACCCGAGCAAUUUUGUAAUGGUGAUAAUAGACCAGCGGAUUGUGGGGCUAAUUGUAUGUGCACCCAUAAAGUUGAUAUUCCUCAUAAUGCUAUUGUCGAAGUGGUUCUCGUUGACGAAGUUCAACAGCCCAACUUGUCCCAUCCAUUCCAUCUUCACGGAUACUCCUUCAAUGUUAUCGGCAUGGGUCGAUCGCCGGACAAGAAUGUCAAAAAAAUCAACUUGAAACACGCAUUGGAUUUGGACAGACGAGGGUUAUUACACCGAGAAUUUAAUUUACCACCAUCAAAAGACACAAUAGCAGUGCCCAACAACGGCUACGUGGUCUUCAGAUUCCGAGCGGAUAAUCCCGGAUACUGGCUAUUCCAUUGUCAUUUUCUAUUCCACAUAGUGAUUGGCAUGAAUUUAAUUCUACAUGUCGGUACACAUGCCGAUCUACCCCCAAUACCACCAAACUUCCCAACAUGUGGAGAUCAUCUGCCGCCUAUAACUCCACCACUGCCACUUGAAAAUUCAUUUCCCUGAUAAAGUGUUUUUUAACUCACUUGUAAUCACUUGAUACCCAUAGACCAAUUUUUUCUUGUAACAUAAAUUCAAACAAUCCGAAUAGAGAGAAAUAACUCUCAAUCAUCUAAUGUCAUUUGUUUUAUAUGCUGAUGGAUAAAACAAAUAUCAUAAUGAAUUUAUCUUAGAGUAACUCUUGACUGACAACCGACAAAGAGCAGCUCAACACAAUAUUUAUUGAACAAGUCUCAAACAACUUUAAAGUAUUCUUCCAAUACUUUUUAUUUAGUCGAUAAUGAGACUUCAAUGUUAACUAACAAUUAUAUUACUUGUUGUAAAUAAUAUUAAAGAUAGGGAGAUAUUGAUAGGAUUUUGUGUAUGUAUUAUUUGUUGAGUCGUUUGGGGUGUAGCAAGAUGAUAAUAAUCAUUCAAUUGGAUCGUGAAGAAGUGAAAAACCGCGAAAUGUGAGGGGAUUUUGCUUCGAUAUACUAAAUCCAUAGGACUAACACAACCAUGGUGCCUCUAUAAACAAUUUGUGAAUAUGUGUAUACGUAUGAAUUGAUUUAUCAAUAAGUUUCAUUUAUUCUUUGUUCUGUACGAAUGAAUUUUUAUCAUGCAAUAUCAAGUGUAAGAGGCCAAUGUCAAAAAAUCAAAUGAAAUAUAUCUUCUUAUAUCCCUUUUAA